UGUUCACAUUAUAAACUUCAAAUGUUUUAAUGUUUUAUGCUCCGCGUACAAAAUUUUUGUAAUAUUUUCUACAAAAACUAAAAUACCUUUUGUGCAAGUGUAGAGCAUUAACUAGUCCGCAUACUUGCAAGAGCCUAAUUUACAUGUGUCGAGCCCUGCCCAACAAUUGGGAUAUGAGCAAGAGAGAGAGAGGGAGGGAGAGAGAGAGAGAUCGACAGGUUGAGAGAGCGGCGGCGGCCACAAUCAAAACAAACAAGCCGAAGAGCGUGUACAACCAAAUAAAACGGAAUGCAAAAAAAUUGUUCAACGGUAGCGUCGACGCUGGCAGCGAAGCGAAAAAAAAUCGCUUUAAAGUGAAAGUCGAAAGCAUAAUUCAAGAGAAGAGCAAAAAGAAAUUUACGACAACAACAACAACAACGACAAAAAUGGGAAUAACAGGCAGCAGCCGUUGCGGCUUCUAUGGCCAUGUUGGUCUGUCCCCAGCCGGAGUGUAGUGCGACUGCGACGGCGACUGCGACGUCGACUGCGACGCAUGCACAUGCAUAAACUUAUAUUAAUAACAGACGCCAGCAAAGGCGACGGCGUCGCCGCUCAAAAUUAUAUUCAGGUUAUUUGGACGUGUUAGCAGCUCAGCUGUAGCCAGAGCCAACGGGAGUUGAAGUCGGUUUCAGUUGGUUAAGAUCGCGCGAGAAGCUUGGACGCAACGGUAACAAGAGCAGGCGCAGAAAGACAAUUCCAAGAAGCAGUUCCACACACAUACAAACACACACACACACGCGCGCGCGCGUACACAGAUCAAGAGAUAGCCGACAGCAUUCGUCAAGUGCUCAACUUAACGAAAGCCAUUGUAACUGUUGUUGUUGUUGUUGUUGUCGAUUAAAUGUGUGAAAUUGGCGCGUGAGGAAGGAGAGAGGAAGGCAAAGAGUUGGGUCAUCGUCAAAUUUGGCAAGCACCUCCCACCAUUCCCCCAAUCCCGAUUGCAGCCACCAACUGACGCUCCCACACACACGCACACACACACACACACACGCACAGCUCUUAACGCCGUAUUCUAGCUAUGUCGGAGGCUGCCACGCCCACGACAACGAGGACUGUUUACGACCCAACCGCCGAGGCAGCCGAGAAGGCGCUCUGCUUUCGUGGCAUCUGGGCCUGGCUGGUGCUCCUGCUGCUGAUCGGCUUGUGCAUUGCGUUUGUCAUGUGGCUGCUGCGCAAGAUCAUUCUGGGUCCGAUGUACCGCAAACCGAACCGCAUCGAUGGCAAGGUGGUCAUCGUCACCGGCUGCAACACGGGCAUUGGCAAGGAGACGGUGCUGGAGCUGGCGCGGCGAGGCGCCAAGAUCUACAUGGCCUGCCGGGAUCCGGCACGCUGCGAGGCAGCCCGCAUCGAGAUCAUGGAUCGCACACAGAACCAGCAGCUGUUCAAUCGCAGCUUGGAUCUCGGCUCGCUGGAGUCGGUGCGCAACUUUGUGGCACGCUUCAAGGCCGAGGAGACGCGCCUCGAUAUCCUGAUCAACAAUGCCGGCGUCAUGGCCUGUCCGCGUACUCUCACCGCCGACGGCUAUGAGCAGCAGUUGGGCGUCAAUCAUUUGGGCCACUUUCUGCUCACCAAUCUGCUGCUGGAUCGGCUCAAGCAGGCGGCGCCCAGCCGGAUUGUGGUGGUCACCUCGGCGGCGUAUCUGUUUGGGCGCAUCAACCGCGAGGAUCUGAUGAGCGAGCGCAAGUAUGGUAAAUUCUUUGGCGCCUACACCCAGUCCAAGCUGGCGAACAUACUGUUCACACGGAAACUGGCCGUGCUGCUGCAGGGCACGGGCGUUACGGUCAACUGCUGCCAUCCGGGCCUGGUGCGCACUGAGCUGAAUCGCCACUUUUCGGGCGCCAACUGGACAAGGAACAUGCUCAAGUUUAUGUCGCUCUAUUUGUUUAAGACGCCGCGUGCCGGCGCCCAGACCUCGCUUCGUCUGGCGCUAGAUCCCGCUCUGGAGUGCACCACGGGCAACUAUUACGCGGACUGUAUGCGCUAUCCACUGGUACCCUGGGGCCGUGACAUGGACACCGCCGACUGGCUUUGGCGCGAGAGCGAAAAGCUGGUCGGUCUGCCGCCCAUUGACCCAAACAAUCCGAAUGGCCAUAAUGCCCAGAAUGGCGGCGGAGCACGUUCCGUUCCAGCGACUGCGACGCCGGCUGGUGAGACAGUGGAGACCGUUGUGGUCGAUCGGGCGGCCAGCUAAAGAGACUAGAGAAUCGAAUGGCCAGCCGGCUUGUUGUUAUCACAGCCCAGUUGAAAGAGCGCAUCCAGCUCGCAAACCGGUUUGGAACCUGUUUUAUGCUUAUUAUUACUUUUUUUUUUUUUUUUUUAAGGAAUCUAUUUGGCCGCAAAUCAGAGAUCAAAAAAUGUUGGCUGAUAUGGCUAUGGUAGUAUUUUAUUUAAAUAUAUAUACGCAUACAUGCAUACAUGCAUGUUUGUAUGCAUGCAUGUACAUAUGCAUGUUUGUAUGCAUGUGUGUAUGUACAUGCGUGCAUGCACAUGGAAAAGCUUUCGUUUUGUGUGUAAUUUUGAGUCGAAAAA